GUGACUAUCCCGCAGCACCGGAAGCAGGAAGUUAUCCGGCUCUCUCCAUGCCUGUGCUGGGGAGGUCAGGGGGCGGGGCUUAGAAAGAUGGCGGCGAAUCUAGCGAGGAGUAGGGUCUGGGGUGGAAUACAGAGAUGUGGACUGGCGAGAUACAGGAAGUACAGCAGCUGCGGCAGCGCGUAUCCCAGCAUCCCCCUCUCCACCCCUUUACCCAGACUCCCCAAGCCCAUCUUUGCCAAAGUCGAUGGGCAGGAGAAAUUCGAAACGAAAGUGACCACCCUGGAGAACGGGCUACGGGUAGCGUCGCAGAACAAAUUCGGCCAGUUCUGUACGGUUGGGCUCCUUAUCAACUCUGGAUCGCGGCAUGAGACUAAAUACCUCAGUGGAAUCUCACACUUUCUGGAAAAACUGGCAUUUUCAUCCACAGCCCAGUUUGGAAGCAGAGAUGAGAUUCUUCUCACGCUGGAGAAACAUGGAGGCAUCUGCGACUGCCAGACCUCCAGGGACACCACCAUGUACGCCGUGUCUGCAGACUCCAAGGGCUUGGAUACCGUAGUCAGUCUGUUGUCUGAGGUUGUUCUGCAACCCAGGCUCACUGAGGAAGAGAUUGAGAUGACCCGCAUGGCUGUACGAUUUGAACUGGAGGAUCUGAACAUGAGACCAGACCCAGAACCUCUGCUGACAGAAAUGAUACAUGCAGCUGCAUACCGAGGGAACACUGUGGGGCUUCCCAGGUUUUGCCCCGUGGAAAACAUCGACAAGAUCAGCCAGAAAACCCUCCACAAUUACCUGCACAACUACUACACCCCCGACAGAAUGGUACUGGCCGGCGUGGGCAUAGAACACGAGCAUCUAGUGGAGUGCGCCAAGAAGUACUUGCUGGGGGUCGCUCCUGUGUGGUCGUCGGGGAAGGCCAAGACCAUCGACAAAUCCAUUUCCCAGUACACGGGGGGGAUCGUCAAGGUGGAAAAGGACAUGUCAGACGUCAGCCUCGGCCCCACCCCCAUCCCGGAACUCACCCAUAUAAUGAUUGGCCUGGAAAGCUGUUCCUUUUUGGAAGAUGACUUUAUCCCUUAUGCCGUUUUGAAUAUGAUGAUGGGGGGCGGCGGCUCAUUCUCCGCGGGGGGCCCGGGAAAAGGCAUGUUCACAAGGUUGUACCUCAAUGUGCUGAACAGGCACCACUGGAUGUACAACGCUACCUCCUACCAUCACAGCUACGAAGACUCCGGACUUCUGUGCAUCCAUGCUAGCGCCGACCCCCGCCAGGUCAGAGACAUGGUGGAAAUUAUCACUCGGGAAUUCACUUUAAUGGCCGGAUCCGUCGGGGAGGUGGAGUUGAAUCGAGCCAAGACCCAGCUGAAAUCCAUGCUGAUGAUGAACCUGGAAUCUCGGCCUGUGAUCUUCGAAGACGUGGGCAGACAAGUGCUGGCGACCGGUGCAAGGAAGCUUCCCCACGAGCUGUGUGAUCUAAUCAACAAUGUGAAAGCCAGUGACAUCAAACGUGUGGCCACCAAGAUGCUACGCAACAAGCCCGCUGUGGCUGCCCUGGGAGACCUGACCGACCUACCGGAAUAUGAACACAUUCAAGCUGCCCUGUCGAGUAAAGAUGGACGCCUGCCCCGAUCAUACCGCCUCUUUCGAUAAUAUGGGCCCUCCCCUUUCACUUAUUAAUUUAUGCGACAGACUGAACUUUUGUACAGAGGCGGGAGACGUUUUGGUAGUCGACGGUCCCUCGUUUCGGAUUCUAAUCCAGGACAAGUUUGUGUGUAGUCGUAACAUGCUCACAGUAGCCUCCCAACUGGACACCACUGACGACUAACUGCACUGACCCUGGAUUGCAGGCGCCUAAUGGGUUUGGAUUUAUUAUGUUCUAUUUAGGUUUAUUUUGCCAAAGCGUUAAGCAACCCAUUUGUUUAGUUGCAAUUAAACAGGUUCCCAGGCAUCGUAUUGUUUGUAUGUGUCAGUGGAAAACCUGAAUCCGUUUCAGGGGUCUCGCACAACCCAUAAAUCUGUGAGUGUCAAAUAUGAUUUACUUGUUACAGGACCCAUCAUCCGGUCGGUUUCAACGAGCUUAAGUAUUGUAGAAUUACAACUCCCAGCCACUCUCCACUAGCACAGCUAAUGUAGGAAAGGGGCUGAGUAGUAGUUGUACAAUACAUGGAAUGCAGAACCCGGUUUAUUGAGAAGCAACUGUUAUUGUAAAGACAAGCUUACCUCCACCUCUUCAAUAAACAUGUACAUUUCAAUAUGAAA